UUACCGUACAAGCGAUGUGGACGGGCACUCGAGUUUUGAAGUGCAGAUAGCAGUUUUAAAUCCCGCCUGAAAACGCACCUAUUCAGAAAAAUACUCACCAAAGAAAAUACUUUAACUAGACUGUCUGAAUCAACAAGAUGGGUAACGUCGUGAGCUCAAACCCCAACAUCAACCGCAGAUGGGUUAAAAUGAGCAACAGGUGGAGAAAAAAAUUUGAAAAGAUUUAUAGGGCUGAUAAAGCUAAAAUAACAUGGCUUGAAAGCAUGUAUUUUAUCAAUAAUGCCGAAUUCUGCAUCGCAAAGGGAAUCGAUGGCACUGAAAUCUUCUUGGGUCUGAGAAAUGAUGGCACUGAAGUUGCUAUUAAGAGAAUUUCUAAAUGUAAUAACUAUCAGUGUCUUAAGAAUGAGGAACACAUUCUGAGACUUCCAGGGUUAGAUUAUCCAUUUAUCACACGAUAUAUUGAGUUUGUUGAGGAUGACCAGUUUGGUUAUCUUUGUGUUCAACUGUUUGAACACACGCUGGAUGAAUACAUCAGGGUUUGUCCAGAGUACCAGCUAUAUAACAUUGUGCGCUCCAUCCUCAAAUCUCUGAAAGUACUUCAUGAUCAGAGAGUUUUCCACUGGGAUCUCAAGCCACAGAAUUUUUGGAUUGAUAUUACCAGAAGGGUGCGGUUGGCUGGUUUUGGCUUAUGUCGCUGGUCACCUGAUGAAGAAACAACCUUGUACACAGGCCGCGCAGAAGCAAAAAACUGGAUGGCCAACGAGACUUUGACCGGAGAAGACAACGGACCGCUUAACUGGAGCACUGAUAUACAGGGCGCCGGGAUGCUGAUUGAUUAUGUCCUCUCCAGAGGACAACAUCAAUUUCAUAUCAGUAUUCAUGAAAGGAAGUACAAUUUGGAACAGGAUUUUAAAGGUGUGCUGGCUAAGGACCUUAUUGAGUGGAUGACUGACCACAAUCCAAACAACAGACCUGGAGUGCAAAACUGCUUGAACCAUCCCUUCCUCUGUUCCCCUAUAAAGAAACUGGAGUACUUGAUAAAUAUUGGAAAGAGGAAAGAGGUGGCAAUGUUUAAAGAAGCAUCCCAGGACUCAAUUUCUUCACUGGAAGCAUAUGCAGCGGAUGGAUACUUCAGAGGAUGGAAAAAUAAGUUUCCAGCAGACUUGGUCAAGAUGAUGGACGGCAAGAAGAAAGAGCCCUGUUACACUGACAAUGCGUUUGGAUUACUGCGCUUCAUACGAAACGCCCAAGAGCACUAUCUAGAGCACAUUGAAAAAGUUGAUGUGAUCUUGGCGUUCCCUCCUCUCUUUGGAUGCGCUUACAAAUUUGCCAAAAGCCAAGGGUGGAAUUUGGAUCCACGUCUGAAGCAAAUGUUUAUAACAGAAGAUGCCUUCCAUUCCCCUCCAGCAACCUUUGAGGAGAAUCUCAGCAUCCCAAUUCAAGAAUCUCAGCAGGUUUUUACAAUGCCAUUUACCCUGCUGCAAUGAGUUGACCACUACUAUUGUUUUGAUUUGCACACCAUAGGACACGACUAUCAUCCCCAUCUAUCUCACCUGCAGUAUGCUGAAGUCUGUGUGAAAGGGGGGGUCGGGUAACAAUAGGUCCCUCGUCCCCGGAGCACAGCAUGAAGCAUAAGCCUGCUGCAAUUAGGAGAGGAGGGGGAGGACUAAAAUAAAAAUAAAAAGACAUUUGAGAUUUAAUUUUCAAAAUAUGCCCCAGAAAAUAGAUACCAAAAUUCAAUUUGAAAUGUAAAAUUAGAAAAUUAAAAUGCAUUUGCAGAAAUGCUUUUUCAUUUUAAGA